AAAGAUAGAGAGAGUCUAGAGAGAGAGAGAGAGAGAGAGAGAGAGAGGAAAAUGAGUGGCGGAGGGAGUGAAGAAGGCGCGUCGUUGGAGUACACGCCGACAUGGAUAGUCGCGGUCGUGUGCUCCGUCAUCGUCGCCAUCUCUCUGGCAGCGGAGCGGCUUCUGCACUACUUGGGGCAGGUUCUGAAGAGGAAGAACCAGAAGCCUCUCUACGAGGCUUUGCAGAAAGUCAAGGAGGAGCUGAUGCUUUUGGGUUUUAUUUCUCUUCUUCUCACUGUCUCCCAAAACGCCAUCUCCAAAUUCUGCGUUUCCAAGAGCUUGAUGGACAAUCUUCUCCCCUGUAAGCUCUCGGAAGCCGAGGAGGCGAAAGGUCACGGCGGAGAAUCUGCGAGUACUUCCCACCAUUUGGGCGUCGCCACCAUUACCGGCGUUUUCAGGAGACUUCUUGCCGAAGAAGCGUCCGGCGAGCAGAUCGGUUACUGCGCUCGCAAGAACAAAGUGCCGCUUUUAUCUGUUGAAGCAUUGCAUCAUCUACAUAUCUUUAUCUUUGUCCUAGCGAUCGUCCAUGUGACCUUUUGUGUUCUCACUGUUCUGUUUGGAGGGGCUCAGAUACGUCAAUGGAAGCACUGGGAGGAUUCCAUUGCUAAAGAGAACUAUGAUUCAGGACAAGUUCUUAAGUCAAGGAAGGUCACCAACGUCCAUCAGCAUGCUUUUAUCAGGGAUCAUUUUCUGGGUAUUGGUAGAAAUUCAGCCCUGCUGGGUUGGGUGCAUUCUUUUGUCAAGCAAUUUUACGCAUCUGUGACAAGAUCAGAUUAUGUGACACUGCGCCUUGGAUUCAUUACGACCCACUGCAGAGGAAAUCCCAAGUUUAAUUUUCACAAAUACAUGAUACGUGCCCUUGAAGAUGAUUUUAAGAAAGUUGUCGGUAUAAGCUGGUAUCUUUGGGUCUUUGUGGUCAUCUUCUUGUUGCUAAAUGUUAACGGCUGGCACACAUAUUUCUGGAUUGCAUUCAUUCCUUUCAUUCUUCUACUUGCUGUGGGCACUAAACUAGAGCACGUGAUUACCCAGUUGGCACAUGAAGUUGCUGAGAAACACAUAGCAAUAGAAGGAGAACUUGUAGUUCAACCAUCAGAUGAACACUUUUGGUUUGGUCAUCCCCAAAUUGUCCUCUUCUUGAUUCAUUUCAUCCUUUUCCAAAAUGCUUUUGAGAUUGCAUUCUUUUUCUGGAUAUGGGUUCAAUAUUCAUUUGACUCCUGCAUAAUGGGACAAGUCUGUUAUAUCAUCCCAAGGCUCAUAAUUGGGGUGUUCAUUCAGGUGCUCUGUAGUUACAGCACUCUACCCCUCUAUGCCAUUGUCACACAGAUGGGAAGUUCUUUCAAGAAAGCGAUAUUCGAGGAGCAUGUGCAAGUGGGGCUUGUUGGCUGGGCUCAGAAAGUGAAGAGAAAGAAGGGGCUGAAAGCGGCUGCAGAUGGUUCUGGCUCGGGUUCAGGUGCUGACCAACAAAGUUCUAAUGAUGGUUCUACAUCUGCAACCACAUCUGCUACUGGAAUUCAGUUGGGAAGGCUUGUGAACAAGGCAACAAAGCCGGAGCUAACCGUUGGCUCCAAGUGACCAGUUUCUUUUGGCCCCUGCUCAUAGCUAAAGCAAAGAUGGCAGACCUCUGGCCUCUCGUUUGUGUGGCUCUUCCGCAAACUCUUUGACUGUGUUUGUAUUUAUAUAGGUGGUAGAUACAUUACGUUGUAUGGACCUCUGAUAUAAAGUAUAUUACGAGUGAUGAGAAAGUGACAUGAGGCAAUAGGAUCCAAAGGGGCGUACAUUAUUACUGUUGUUUGUGCAUAGUAAUCCUGUUGCAACUUUAUGGGAAUAUCAUAUCUUUGUCUUCGGUUGUC